AUGAACACAAAUAAUGCGAGUAUAAUAACACGCUUAUCACAAUGCUCUGUGUACAUGAACUUCACUGGACUUCUUCAAGAUUUGUAUGAUUUAUAUCAAAAUACCAGUUCAACUGAAUUUUACAAUAUUUCAAUUGAAAGUCUCGAUUGUUCGUCAUCAACUGGUAAAUAUUUCGAACAAAUUAUCACUUUCACACGCUCGGUAUCAUUGCAUAUUCAAAUAUCAUUAGCUUCCCGUUAUUAUGAUUAUAUAACAUCCAAUCAUUAUUUCAUUCAUGGUUUUCUCAUUGAGCCAAACCAACGAUUUAAUCUUUCAUCUAUCACAUUAAAUUCCAGUGCGCAAUCUGAUGCUUGUGCAAGUGGUCUCGCAGCGCAGAUUCCACUUUGUCCAUUGAAUAGUUCGGCAUCCGAGUGCGUUGAGCUCUUUACGAAUCCAUGGCUUUACAAUUGCAGUAUCGAUUCUACUACAUCUACAAAUUUAUCAUCAUACGAAUCGGUAUUGAAUUCGUGGCAACUCGGUCUUAUCUGUGGUUUCAGUGUUCUAUUCUUGUUGAUUCUGUUUCUGUUUGUCGCAUGUUCUUAUCGGCUUUAUUCGCGUACAAAGCGCAUUAGUUUAUCUCGUGAAAAUCUCUUCGACAAGAAAAAGGCUAUACCAAAAAGCAUAAUCCCUCACGAUUCGAUCUUUCAACAUGUUAUUCACAUCACCGAAUCGAAACAAAGUAUUCACACCACAGUUUCCUGGCUUCAUGAAGGUAUCAGCAAAGACAAUCCUCUCGAUCAGAAAUCAUGCACUACUGACAAGCAAGAAAUCGCUAUCGAUCAUACAAAUAUUCACGAUACCUUCUCUGGUGCAAAAUUUAAUCAAUCGAACAUGUUAUUACAAAAAUCACCUUCAACAUUAAGUGUAUCUCAAUCUAUUUGCACAACACCAAUAGAUCGAUUUCAAUUGAUUACAAAUCAACUUGAUGAUUUGAAUGAAAUUAUAAUCGAUUGUGUUCAUCCGGUGGACCAAAUGCAAUAUUCUACAGACGAAGAUUUAUGCGACGAAGAUGCCUGGAUGUCAAUCUUAGCUGUAGCUAAUGCUGAACUUGAUCUACUUGAUCAACUCGAAAACGAACAAAAUCGGACGAUAACAGUCUUAUAA